AUGGAAGAUUUUACUGAGAAGAGUGCCUCUACGGAAUUAGCGAUAUUCGACUUUCUUCUGAAUAACGAGCGGAUUGAAGCACUUAUCCUGAUUGGAUUUGUUUUGAUUCACCUGGGACUCAAUAAGAUAGAGGCUGAAGGAGUGCUCUUCCAUCUUUUCAACUUAGCCGUUGUCAUAUUCUUCGUUGCCUAUAUGUUGUGUCUAAUAAAAACAAUAGAGCUUCCUGAAGGCAGUAUAUUAGGGGCUCUGGGUAUAGUUUCACUAGGGGUUACAUCAGUUAUCGCAGCGAUUCAGGCAAUUUGCUCUAUGACGGAUAUGCGCAAUGACAAAGCAAAAAUCUUCUACUCCCAAGAUGGAGUGAGGCUAGUACUUGGAGGAUAUGCUGUUGUUUUUGCCUCGAUCUUCAUUCUAGUCCAGAUGGCAAAGAUGUUACAAUCCAAACGAGCCAUCAAACGGAAGUAUUUCACUUGCGGAUGCCUAAUGGUAGUGGCAUCUACCACUUAUUUCCUUUUAUCCGAGGGGAUUGAUAGAGAGCAGCUAUUGUCUGUAAUGGUGUGCCUUGCCCUUGCAAUUGCAAUCAUUCUUCUGCUUGAUUCUAAAAAUGAUAGUGUAUCCGUAGAAAACAAGGGUGCCACAGCUUAUGUAAUGACUGCCAUUGUUGCUUGGUUCACCGCCUCCGUGCUUGGUGCAAAGGUGGUUAAUGACAAAGUUAAGUUCCUUGAAAAGUUAGCGGCUGUCGUCACACUUAUCGACAAGGCUAUGAAUAUAAGGUAA